CAUCACGUGAUCAGCUCGACCACUGCCGGGACCGCCCCGGGGCCGCGGGGACAGCACCGGGACAGCACCGGGACAGCACCGGGACACGCGGGGACACCCUCAGGGCAGCGCCAUGGGGCUGCAGGGCCGGGAGCACCCCUGGGUGCUGCUGCUGCUGCUGCUGCCGCCGCCCCCCGUGUGCGCCGCGGCCGCCGCCCGCCCCAGCUUCGUGCUGGUGCUGGCGGACGAUCUGGGCUUCGGGGACCUGGGCAGCUACGGACACCCCUCGUCCGCCACCCCGCACCUGGACCGGCUGGCGGCCCGCGGGCUGCGCUUCACCGACUUCUACAGCAGCGCCGCCGUCUGCAGCCCGUCCCGGGCCGCCCUGCUGACGGGCCGCUUCCAGGUGCGCUCCGGGAUCUAUCCCGGCGUGUUCGACCCGGGCUCGCGGGGAGGGCUCCCGCUCGCCGAGGUCACCGUCGCCGAGCUGCUGAAGGCUCAGGGCUACGCCACGGCCAUGGUUGGCAAGUGGCACCUGGGCUUUGGCAUCAACGGCUCCUUCCUGCCCGUGCACCAGGGAUUCGAUCACUUCCUGGGAGUGCCCUAUUCCCAUGACCAGGGCCCCUGCCAGAACCUGACCUGCUUCCCACCCGACACCAAGUGCUUUGGGACCUGCGACCAGGGCGUGGUGCCGCUGCCGCUGCUCUGGAACCGGACCAUCAUCCAGCAGCCCGUCUCCUUCCCCGACCUCGUGCCCCUCUACAACAAAUUCUCCCGGGAUUUCAUCGCCGACUGCGCCCGCCGAGGCCUCCCCUUCCUGCUCUACUACGCUUCCCACCACACCCACUACCCCCAGUUUGCCAGCCGGGAGUUCGCGGGGCAGACGCGGCGGGGACCCUUCGGGGACGCCCUGGCCGAGUUCGAUGGCUCCGUGGGACAGCUCGUGCAGGCCCUGCAGGAACACGGCCUGGAGAACUCCACCCUGGUGUUCUUCACCUCGGACAACGGCCCCUCCACCCUGCGCAUGGCACGCGGAGGCAGCGCCGGCCACCUCAAGUGUGGCAAGGGCACGACCUACGAAGGUGGCAUGAGGGAGCCGGCGGUGGCUUAUUGGCCAGGCAAGAUCGCUCCAGGAGUGACCCACGAGCUGGCCAGUACCCUGGACAUCCUGCCCACCCUGAGCGCCCUGGCCGGAGCUGCCCUUCCCAAGGUGGCCCUGGAUGGCUUCGACCUGAGCCCGCUGCUCUUUGGCUCGGGGAAGAGCCCUCGCCAGGCCGUGUUCUUCUACCCUCCGUCCCCCGACCCCCUGCACGGUCCCUUCGCCAUCCGCCUGGGCAAGUACAAGGCCCAUUACUUCACCCAAGGUUCCUUCCACAGCGGCACCACCCCAGACCAGGCGUGCCACGGGCUGACCCCUCUCACCCCGCACCUGCCCCCGCUGCUCUUCGACUUGGAGUCGGACCCCGCUGAGAACUACGACCUGCUGCAGGGCGAGGCGGGCCCGGAGGUGCUGCAGGUGCUCAGGGACAUCACCCUGCAGAAGGUGCUGCUGGAGCAGCGCCUGGAGUUCGGGGAGAGCCAGGUGAAGAAGGGCCGGGACCCCUCGCUGCAGCCCUGCUGUGCCCCCAACUGCAGCCCCAAACCCUCCUGCUGCCGCUGCUCCCAGCACUGACCGACAGCCCAAACAUCCCUGCGCCAGCCCCGCUAACCAGCAUCAGCCUCGGGGACCCCUCGGACUCACGGGGCGGCAAACGGGGUCGGGGAGAGCCCAAACUCUGCUGGGAGUGCGGGCAGAGCUCUGUGCUCCGUGUGGGACAUUCCAGGCGAGGCCUUGGACAGGAUCCCAACUCGCUCCGGCAGGGACCACGCUCGAGCAGCUUCUCCAGAGCCAGAAGAGCUCUUUGGAGCAGCGGGAACGUCCCGGCCCCAGCGAUCCCGGCUGGGCCCAGGGUGGGAGCAGAGCCGGGGCUGCAGCUCCAGCGCUGCCGGGGCCGAGGGCACAGCGGGGGACGGGGAUGGGGGUCCCGGCAGCUCCGGGGCAGGGCCUGGUGACAGAGGGGACACCCCUGGGCGGCGGCAGCAGCAGCUCAGGCUCCCUCGGGACCCCGGGACUGCAGCUCCAGCUGCUCCCAUUCCCGUUCCUCUCCGUGCCCAAAUUGCUUUUGCCGGGAAUGGGACACCUGAGGCUCUGCCGGGGGAACCUGGGCUGGAGAAGUUUCUCCCUCUCUCCCCUCUCCCAGGGUCCCCCCAAACCCCAGCUCAACCCCGCUCCUUUUCCCUCCCAACUCCCAAAUUUUCCCAUCCUUGUUUUGCCCGAGAGACUGCAUUGGGCUGAGAAUGUGCUUAAUGAGUGUCCUCAUUUGGGCCACAGGAAUCAUUUUUUUUGGUAGCUGGGAGUGUCCAGGACCCAGAUGGGGCUCUCCCUUCCAUGGAAAAGGGCAUUAUUUCCAUCGGGACAGGACGUGGUAGGGCAGAGCUGCCGUUGUCACAGGCUUCCCAUGGAAAUCACUGCUUUGUCUUACAUUUUUUUCUUACUAAGAUUGCUGCAAGUAAUUGUUUGAUCCCUCAUCUCAUGGCUGCUUCCAGUAAAUUCCAAUUUUUAACCCCUGA